GAGCCUUUGAGUGUUGAGCUUGCUCCAACGAUUCGAGAUUCCCUCCCUCCCUCCCUCCCUCCCUGCCUAUCCAUCCAUCCAUCCAUCUCUGCCCUUAUAAGCCAAGGUAGUUGAGUUGGGUUCCAUAGUCAUAGGCCAAGGUUGUCUCACUUCCGGAAGGCCGUGGUCCGAGUCUUUCUUUGGUUACUAGAAAUAGCGGCGCCGGUGGUAAAGCUGCGGCAGGGAUCUCGUCUGUCGGCCGGCCUGGAAUGUGCAGCAUGCAGGCGGAGCAUUGCCAGUACAUGACGGAGCCUGAGCAGAUGUAUCAUCAGCAACAGCAGCAGUUUCAUGAUCACAGGCAGCACAUGUCCUCGAGGCCUAGCUUGUCCCCGGAGACGAAGUUCUUCAUGAAAGGCCAAGGAGGGGCAGGAGGAGGAGACUCGGGGCUCAUCCUGUCGACGGAUGCGAAGCCCCGGCUUAAGUGGACUCCUGAGCUGCACGAGCGUUUUGCGGAUGCGGUGAAGAAGCUAGGAGGGCCUGACAAAGCUACACCGAAGGCAAUCAUGAGGGUCAUGGGAAUCCCGGGACUAACUCUCUACCAUCUUAAGAGCCAUCUCCAGAAAUUCAGACUUAGCAAGAAUCUCCAAACGCAGGCUAAUGCCGUCCAUGCAAAAAAUGUUUAUGGCUUCGGGGUGGCGACAGAUAAAGCGUGUGAAGGGCGUGGAUCACCAGCUGAUCACCUGAACCGAGAGACGAACACCAGCAGGUCUAUGCACAUAAACGACGCCCUACAAAUGCAAAUUGAGGUCCAGAGACGACUGCAUGAGCAAAUAGAGGUACAAAGGCACCUGCAGCUCCGGAUCGAAGCCCAGGGGAAGUACCUGCACUCCGUGCUGGAGAAGGCGCAGGAGGCGCUCGGGAAGCAGCACGCCGUCGCCGGCCUCGAAGCGGCGGAGCCCCCGCAGCGGCUGCCGGAGCUUCCCUCGUCGGUGAGACGAGGCCUGCUCCAGAACGACGGAUCGGCCGACGACAGCUGCCUGACCGCGUCCGAGGACAUCCUCUCCAUGGGCCUCGCCGCCUCUGCCACCCGGAGAGGCUGCGGCGCUCCGUUCGAAACUUCGGCGAGCGCGAGCCGCGAGGAGGAUGAGGAAUGCUACCUGUUUCUCGGCAAGCCUGAGGGGCGGCGCGAGGUGAGGAGGGACGGGUGCAACGCUGGCGCGGCGUUCGGGGCGGCGGCGGAGCUGGACCUUAGCAUCGGCGGCGUCGCGGCGGGCAGCAGGCGGCGGCCGGACGGCGGCCAGAGGCUUGACCUGAACGGAUCAGGCUGGGACUGAGCGAGACUGCGAGAGGAGCAAGUGAGGUGCGUGCAUGGCGGAAGCGGUUUUGCUCUGAACAUGAACAUGAACAUGCAGAGUUUCAGAAGCAGUGCAUGGAAACCAGAACGGGCAGGACAAGAUUGACGUGGUGGCCUACCGUGAAGUCUCACAGUCUGUAUGCUGCAGCUGUGCUUCGGUGAAAUAGUCAUUUUUUGUCACGAUGGCUUUUGUGUCAUGCGUGUGUAUACUUUUUUUUUCUUUCUCUACAGCAAACGCAGGUGCUCUGCCUCUUCAUCAAGUAGGAAAAAAAAAAACUAAUUAGAAUAAUUUUUGGCAGAAAACUAAUACUCCCUUCGUUCCUAAAUAUAAAUCUUUUAAAAGAUUUCAUUA